GACGGGCUUUGAAAAGGGAAAAUGCAUAAAUUAGUAAUAAUAAUUUUUCCAUCCUACUCAGGGUCGACGUAAUCAAUACUAAAGAAUAAUUCCCACAGACUUCAGUAGAAUUCGAGAACAUCGUGAAACUAAGAGUGGGAAAAGUAAGAAGUAUCAUAAGUCAAAUUAUGCUUCACAAUUGUAUAUUUUAAUCGUUGAGAACCAAGAAAAUAGGGGAAGGGAGGAUAGAUGAAUUCAUAUAAAAAAAGGAAGUGGAAUAAAAAUUCAAAUGACAUAUAUAUUUAGACAUGAGUCUCGUAAAUUCGCAGAUUUAUUUUUUGCCUGUUACAGGGACUAUGGCGAAAUCAUUGUUAUUCGUUUCCCCUUGGCAUAAUUACUUUAGUACUUAAGCAGAGCUUGGCCAGGGAUCUUUAUCACCAGCCGUUCAGAAGAACACAGUCACAACACUGUCAAUUCGAAGUACAGGAGUUUUUUUUCUUUUAACAUGAAGUCGUCAAAGUUGGGUUUCUCAGGACUUGCCUUAGUUCUUUUGGGCGUUAUGUUCAUUGGUAAUUCGAUGGCUGCCCCAGCAAGCGUGAAUCCUGGGUCCGUUGUUUGGAGGAAAGGCUGGAUAUAUGGCCAGACCCGGAGUCUCCAUAAUAUGACCUUGACAAUGCAGGAAGAAUUUGCGUCGGUCCGUAUGGGAAGCAAGGACAACGACGAGUAUUACCUCAGAAUUCCAUGCUUGCCACGAGCAACAUUGAAUCAAGAUGGUGUUCCCGAAACGGUGCUCUUGCAAACAGACGUAGAACAGUUGUAUGUCUUCAAAACAUUCCUUUCUAUUAUGAAAAAUCAAGAAGCCCAGAUCCAAAACAGUCCAUUUACGGCAAGACUGCAAGAUAUUGAGAACGGAGUCAAAGUUCUCAUCAACCAAAUCAAUCGAAUGCAAAAGCUACUUGGGGGUACAAUCACCGGUCCAGGAAGCUCUCUCCAACCCUCCUGCGCGCCACCCACAACUCAGAAGGAACAGGACAAAUGGAAACUCGCAAUAAUCAAGGAAUUUAGCUUGUGGCUAAUCCCAGUUGCGGGUGAAUUUCACCAGGCAAACACCUUCGCUUGAUUAAUCUGAUUUUAGAGUUAGCUUGUUCGUUCAUUGCAUCAAUGAAACUUUAUAAUGUAGAGCUCAGUGCUCGUUGGAUACAUGUAGUGUUUGUACAAAACAGGAUUACCUUGGGAUUAUUGGAUUACCUCUUGUUGCUCCUUGUUGGGAAGCAUUUGCAACUUUCAUUCAUUAGCGAAUAUUAGUGGAGCAAAAUAACACCAUUGAUAGUUUAUGGAUUGAAAUAGAUUUGGAGUAUUUUUUUACCUUAGCUAAUUGACUUAGGUUGACUAUAAGAGAGCAAAUGUUGUUCAAUUUAUGAUACAAUUCUGAAUUUUGUCAGUUCAAACGAUUGUAGUCAGUAUCACUAGUUUUAAUAGGAUGAAUAAAUUUCAAUUUAUAUAUCA